CCUCCCUCUCUUUGUAGCACAUACCCACACACACGCAUCAUAUUCCCCUGUGUCUAACCUCUCCACAGUUAUGAAACAGCAAUUGUGGGAUUUGGUGUUUGAGCUGCCUUCCUGAAGCUCUACAAAAAAGAGACAGAGGGGCAGAGGACGUUCAGAAGAGUGUCCACUACACAGAACAGACAGACUGAGACAGUAGGAGGAGUCAUGGGUGGCCUCAAAGAUCUGUGUUGUGUUCUCUUGGGUUCCACAGUCUUCUUUACCUUUUGUCUGCAUGCAACUAUGGCUGGAAAGGUUCUUGUUUUCCCUGUGGAUGGCAGCCACUGGAUCAACAUGAAUCUCAUGAUCGAGGGGCUCCAUGCCAGAGGUCAUGAGAUCACUGUGGUGCGGACUUCCACCAGUUGGUAUAUUAAAGAGUCGUCACCACACUACAAAUCAAUCACUGUGACUCUUCCUGAGGCUGUCUUAAUUGAGGAUCCAGACUUUUUUGUGUCUUUCCUGAGUAAAAUGCUGGAGAUAAACCGGCAAGGAGGGUCUCCUCUAGCAUUCAUGAAGUUCCUCUGGGAGAUGUUUACCAUGUUAGCAGAAAUCCACCAGCAGGCCAGUCAGCUGGUGGUGGAGAUGUUCGAAAACAAGACCCUUAUGGAAGAGCUUCGAGCCACACACUAUGAUGUCGCUCUGAUUGACCCUGGUAUUCCUGCAGGGGUGCUGGUGGCUCACAAACUAGAAUUACCAAUUGUGUUCAACGUACGAUGGAUAACUAGUGGGGAGGGGCACUUUGUUGUUGCUCCUUCACCUGUUUCCUAUGUUCCUACGGGAGGCUGUGCUGUCUCAAACCAGAUGACAUUUGGUGAAAGGGUCAAGAAUACCCUCCGCUAUAUUCUUAAUCUGUGCUCUGACCGCUUCAUCGUAAGUCCACCCUACAAUGCGCUGAUGACGCGGUACUUUGGGCCUGAUGCCAAUUUCUACCACCUCCUUCAGGGUGUGGACCUCUGGCUGAUGAGGGUAGAUUUUGUUUUUGAGUUCCCUCGCCCGACCAUGCCCAACAUCGUCUACAUUGGUGGGUUCCAAUGCAAACCUGCAAAGCCAAUACCAGCAGAGCUGCAGGAGUUUGUGGAUGGAUCAGGAGAGCAUGGACUCAUUGUUAUGUCAUUAGGCACACUGGUGAAAGGUCUUCCCAUUGACAUCACAUCUGAGAUCGCUGCUGCUUUUGCUCAGCUGCCUCAAAGGGUGAUCUGGAGACAUCUGGGGGAGCGACCCAAUAACCUAGGCAACAACACCCUGCUUGUUAAAUGGCUGCCACAGAAUGACUUGCUUGGUCACCCCAAAACUCGGUUGUUUGUCACCCAUGGUGGGACUAAUGGUGUCUAUGAGUCCAUCUACCAUGGCAUUCCAAUAGUGGGUGUUCCAUUAUUGUUUGACCAGUAUGAGAAUGUGCUACGUCUUAAGGUGCGGGGGGCAGCUAAAGUUGUUGAUGUUGCUACACUGGACAGCCAGGAGUUCCUUAAAGCAAUACAAGAAGUCCUACAUCAGCCUUCGUACAGAGACAACAUGCAGCGGUUGUCUAGACUGCACAAAGAUAGGCCUAUGCAUCCUUUGGACAGUGCCCUCUACUGGAUAGAGUUUGUAAUGCGGCAUAAAGGGGCUGCGCACUUACGCACCGAGUCCUAUAAAAUGCCCUGGUACUCGUACCACUCCUUAGAUGUGGUGGGGCUUCUACUGGCUGUGUUGUUGGCACUAGUGGGUGUUGUAGUAUUAAUUGUUCGUUUCUUGUGUCUCCGAUUAUGCAGAAGACAGAAACCUAAACAAGAAUGAUGAGAGUCUGUGGCAGAACAAAGGUUACAUGAAAAAUCAGUCAGUCGGUCAACAAUACUUUGAGUCAGGACCAAUACAGAAAGUGCUAAAGGACUAUAACAGGCCACAGUAUGUAUAUUUGUCAUGUGCACAAUUCCUGUCACAGAAUAUUGGAAUAUUGGGUCAAAUAUUGAAUUAUUGAAUGUUAAUUAAUUUUUCCUAGGAUUUGAGUUCUAUUUUUUAGCAGCUACUGUAUUGAAUUAUGCCAAUUAUGCCAAUUAAUUUCGUUAAUGUUUUGCACCGAUAAACUGCUACUGCACGUCAUAUUGAUGUUUACAAAUGGUCCUAUAUACUCUAUAAUGUUAACAGCCCCUUAGGGAGAAUUUUCAGCCUGCUAAAUGUGAGUGAGUGAGUUACAAGUCAUGUCCAUGUUAUUGUUGAUUGUUAUUCUGUUACUGCAACUCUAUUGUCAAAAUUGUACUAUGAACUUAAGAACGUCUGGCAUGGCAAUUUCUUGAUUUAAAAAAAAUCUAGUUUGUUGUUCACUGGGAGCUUCUUUGCUUGUUAUCAUCGGUUUCUAUCAACAAGUUUUUAUUUACACUUUCAUGGCACAAACAUGAACAAGGACAGGAUAACUAAGCGUUUAAUGAUCUGUUGUCAAGUAUGUCUGUUCAGGAUAUGGCACGCUACUUGUAGCUUAUUUUUUGAGAAUGUCUAGGGGUUGAACAAGCACAGAGAAACUAUAGUUAAAUUAACAUAUGGGUGCUGUGUCAAAAUCACUCAAAAAGUAGAAAAUGUGGAAAUGUGGACUACAUUGCAGCUAGUGGUGUUGUUUGCUGCUCGCUGUUUUACCAACAAUGCGAUUGGCUCUUUUUGUUGGAGAGUGUGGCUUUCCCUGUAAACAGAUGCCGUGGUGAUCUCAUUCAUUUUUCAACCAGCUUUCUCCUUUAUAACAUAGGGCCGGGGUGCACAAUCCUGGUCUUGGAGAUCUACUACCCUGGAGAGUUCAGAUCCAAAACCUUGGCCCUAAUGUUCUGAUGCCCCUGAGGACCUUUUACCUGGAUCAGGUGUGUUUGAUCAAGGUUGAAGCUAAACAUCAGGACCAGGAUUUAGCACCCCUGAUGACUUUGGUGCAACGUGCCAAACAUAUGCUCUUAUUUGAACAGUAAGAGUUUGGUGAAAGGGCCUGGCACAGAGAAGGAGAAAGCAUCCUUCUUAAGGAGAUGUAGGAGGGGACUCCAGGGAGAAAUAGGGACUCGUUAUCUUACCGUACUAAACAGCACGUCAAAUUAGUGCAGCAGCAAACCAAGGAUGGAUCAUUGUUUUGUGAAGCACUGGGCACAGGAGUCUAUGGAGCCCCCAACACUUGAGCGACUACACAUAAUAAAUAAAGAAUGGUUGAAAAAGUAUACGGAUGAAUAAGACCUGAAAAGUGAGAUUAAACAAAAUUUUGUGUUUGUAGGGUUUCAGUGCAAUAAAAAAUCAGAAUUUUUUUUUUAUAUGAAAAUUAACAAAGUUAGCCUUAUUAAUGUACAAUAUUCUGCUGUGUCAUCGACAUCAGUCCUGAGUUGUAAUGCAAACAGAAUUCAUACACACAUUGAAGGGUAAACUCUAAACAACAAAAUCCCAUUGGUCAUUACUAAUUGAAAACAGAAAAUGGGUCUGAAAACAGUUGAUAUACCUUUAUUUCAUUCAUUUGUUUAGUCAUUUGAAUACAUUUAAUAAAAUUGAAUAAAAGAUUCUUAAUUCAUGGUUUAAA